AUGCGGCGGCAACAAGGCAUGCCACUCGAUGAGCGUUAUGUUCCCUACUUGCAGAUGGCCGGGUUAUACCAUCUUGCUAGGCUGAACGAUAGAUGGUUCCGGUUAGAUGAGCCCCUUGUCAGCGCCUUCAUCAAGAGGUGGCGUCCUGAGACGCACACCUUCCAUAUGCCCUUCGGAGAGUGCACGAUCAUGCUUCAGGAUGUGGCGUACCAGUUGGGGUUGGCAGUGGACGGGCGUUAUGUUAGCGGUUGCCUUACAGACUUCCAUGUGUAUAUCGAGGGUGGACGUCCAGCUUGGGUGUGGUUCGAGGAGUUGCUUGGAGUGAUUCCUCCUCCGAGCCAGAUUCAGAAGUUCGCAGUAAACUGCACCUGGUUCCAGGAGACUUUCGGAGAGUGCCCCGAGGGAGCCGAUGAGGAGACUGUGCGGCACUUUGCUCCUAGGCUUGAGGAGAUGGGUUCCUACAGUUGGGGAUCUACAGCAUUGGCAUGGUUGUACCGGUGCAUGUGCCGAGUGGCAAACAGACAUGUGGUGAAGUUAGCAGGCCCACUUCAGCUACUUCAGUCCUGGAUCUUCUGGCGCUUUCCCAGGUUUAGGCCUGCUGGGUAUGAUACGUGCAGCUGGCCUUUGGCAUCGAGGUGGUCAGGUUACAGCCCUUCCUACAGCCAGAAGGGUCCUCGACUGUAG